UUUACAGUGGAAGUGCGAGUUAAUCUUGUCGGUAAGGUUUGGUCUCCAAGACUUACGCUUAUGCUUCCAAAGAACUUGUAAGGCAGGGCAGUUUGGUUCAGGAACCUCUAUUGUAAGAGCUACUGGUGUCACGCUGUAUGGGCACAAAGCUAAGACAACAGUGAGGAAGGUCAGAAAGUGUCCUAAAGACACAGAGAAAGAGGAUGGCCCCUGAGAUCCAGGCAGCGGUACGUGCUACCCAAGCAUGGCUGAAGUCCUCCUUGCAGGUGCAGGUGCCGUUUGUUUGGCUGGAAGCCUGCGUAGAGUGGAUACAAGGAGAGGCGGGGGGAACAGCUCGUCUGUCACAGCAGCAAAUCAACCAACAGGUGCUGGACCAGUGGCUAUUGACGGACCUGAGAGACCUGGACCACCCAGUUCUCCCUGAAGGACUCGCUCAGGCUCAGAAGACCGAACUUAGUGGCACCUUCUGCGUCCAGGUUGACUCGUUACUGGACGUCAGUCAGCCAGCGUACGGUCAACUACAAAAGUGGAAGGGCACAGACUGUACCAACGACGCGGUGUCUGCCGUCACACAGGCCACCCAGAGGCCCUGGGAAGCCAAACCAACCCGUAUGCUAGUACUGCAGCUGACGGAUGGAGUUCAGAGCUUGGAGGCGAUGGAAUAUCAGUCUAUCCCUGCUCUCAACGAAACACUGAGGCCCGGUGCAAAGCUGCAGCUGCAAGGGAAGAUGGUUUGCAGACUUGGUAUGCUGCUGUUGGGGCCGUCCAACAUCAAGGUGCUUGGUGGUGAAGUGGAGGACUUGGUGGACAGGAAUAACCAGGGCAGGGUCCUGUGCCGGAUGUUGGGACUUCCCGAGGAGCAGCAGCAGGAGCAGCAAAAUGCAGAGGAGGCCCCACCAGCACCACAACAAGGUAACCAGGACAUGGAGGACCUGGAGCUUGAUGAUGCAGAGCUGUUGGCCAGUCUGGAGAAUGAGGAUGAGGUUCAGAUGCUGCCGGCUGAACCAGUUCAAGACAGUGGCUACGGCACGAUGCGCGAGACCCCCACUCAGUCUUCGAGGAGCUCUUCUGCCUCGGCGGUCUCAUCCAGGAGCGAAACGUCCGCCCGCUCUUUUACAAGUGGUUUGACCCACAGCGACAGAGGCGGUUUGCUCCGAGGUCGUCACGACGGCAGCGAACAAGAAGAUCUCCAUCGAGAGAUGCAAGACGAGAACAUGGCGGGCGAAGACUUUCCGACGAUGUCCUUGACGAACUUCCCCUCGAUGAGUCGGCCCGACUGUUCGGGCAGAGCUGCAAAACCACACGCUUCAAAUAGCGCUGUGUCCAACGCCUCCAGAUCCACAACACAGAAAAGAGACUAUGAAGGAUGCCCUAAAGCAUCAAGGCCAGCAGCUUUAGAGCCACCACGUGAUUUAGAUCCUGUAACUGACAGCGAUUUUAUGGGCGAAGACAUGGACUGCUUUUUUGAUGAGGGAGAAACUAUAGGAGAACCAUCUCCAAACACCGGAGCACUAAAUAGAUUCUCUGUUCAAUCAGGGCCUGGUAAAGCAAAGACAGAGUGUGCAAGUUUACAGAGUUUACACGGUACACCUCCUGGACAGAGUUACACCUCUGACACGCCAUCGGUACCGGCUGUCACACUGACCUCUCCUCCAUUUACAUACCUGUGCUUGCUGGAUGAAUUGUUGUCUAAACCUCUAACCCACACCACAGAGGUCCGUGUCAAAGCUUUCAUUGUGACUCUCUUGGGGAAACUGAGCAGCAACAGUGGCAUUUGGAGCAUCUCCGCUACGAUAUCCGACGGUACUGGUUACCUGGAUGCGGAGUUGUCCGAUGAGGUGUUGACCGGCCUGCUGGGCUUCUCCGUGGCAGAGAAGGGGGCUCUGAAGCGAGACCCGGCGCGGAGGGGUGAGCUCGACGCUGGCAUGAGGAGGUGUCAGGAGGGGCUAGUGGACAUGUGCUGCAUCAUGACCGUCGCGGUCCAUCCGAAUGGAAGGAAAGCUGUGGUGACCAAGGCUAACCCCGUCGGCGAGAAAGAACUCCGAGAGCUGGAGCAGCGGGUGAGAGACGGCAAAAAAUAAACACAGAGGGGAAGUGGGCGAUAAUGAGAAAAUUACGGGGCGGCGAGGUAUAUUGCCCGUACGCAGAGAUGAAAAAUCACCAAGAAAACCGAAAAUAACUUCACACUACAGCGCGGCCUUAAAAGUUUUCUUUCACCUAUUAAAACCAAGGUAUUUAUUUAUGUUCGGUGACCGACCCGCCCUUCUGCUUUCAGAUUUGAAGAGCAGAAGGUGUGAACUCGAUCUGUGAUGAUCAGCAAACGGUGCGUUGAAACGCGUCCCAUCUGCUGUAUGUUAAUGCGACAUCUUGCCGUUCGUCAUGAGAGGGUUACACUCAUUAUUCGGCUAAAAAUACGCAGCAUUACUUGCAGCGAGUGUGUGUAGCGUAUUAGUCCAGACGAACCAGAGGUGAGCCGUCCAAAUUGUGAAGAGUGAAGCAUGAGCGGUGGAGAAAGGGAAAGGGGGUGUUCAUUUUCUGAUUGUGGUAAUGAAUUGGCAGCCUUUGCAUUCAUUCAUUAAUUCUGACUGAAAAGUGAUUGAAUAGCCGAGGGCAGCGUGGGCCUUUAAUAAACUCCCUCAGAGGAGAGGAAAGGGGAGAUAAAGGAGAGGCCAUGAGCUUUGAUUAUUUCUGUUUAUUAUAGAUACACAUCUAUGUGUUUGUCUUUGAUGAGCAAAUACGCCACAAAUGUCAUGCUUUGCUUGUUUUUAAUGUACAGUGUAUUGAAAUAAAAUUUCUCUGUAGAGUUUAUAGCGUU